GUUUCUCUCAGCAUUACCCAAAUUAAUAAUGCUAAAAAUCAACACCUUCCGCUGUUAGGGUUUGGGAGUUUGUUUGCGUGUGCUUUUCGAUUUCAAUUGGUACAUUCGAUCGCCUCUGCGCAUUUGCCAGUCUUCAUGUACACGCGGGCUCUCUGAUCCAUCACCAAACAUUCACAUUGGGCACACACUCUAUCAAUUUCCCAAAUCUUUCGCAAUUUCGAACGGAAACGGGGACCAACUGGGGUUUUCUGCGGCCUGAUAAAAUUUCUUGGGUUUUUCGAUGUCCUAUGACGAUUGUAAGGAUCGGGGAGAGGUGGUGCCGGAGCUGAUUUUGAGAGUUGGGGGCGAAGACGACAAAGGGGACUAUGUUAAGUUGGGGGAUGGUGAUCGGGGCGGUUGCGGGACGGCGGAGGGGUUUGAGGCGGUGGCGGAGCCGGCGUCUCUGAGAAAGUUAGCGUCUUUUUGGUAUUGGGUUAGGUUGGUAUUGUUGGUUAUGUGCUUGGGGUUGUUGGCUGGGGUUUUUGUAAAAUGGGUCGGACCUUAUUUCAUGGAUAAGGAGAUUAUUCCAAUUCUUGACUGGGAGACGAGAACAUUCAGUCCUCCAGUGCUUGCGGUUCUAGUCUUUGCUUCUGUGGCAUUAUUUCCCACUGUGCUUUUACCAUCUUCACCUUCUAUGUGGGUGGCUGGUAUGGCUUUUGGUUAUGGCUAUGGAUUUCUUCUAAUCAUAUCAGCAGCAGCUGUGGGUGUAUCCCUUCCAUUCUUCAUUGGCUUUCUCUUCUAUCACAAAAUUCAAGGAUGGUUAGAAAAAUAUCCGAAGAGAGCAUCCAUUUUAAGAUCGGCUGGGGAAGGAAACUGGUUUCAUCAGUUUCGAUCUGUAACAUUAAUCAGGAUUUCUCCAUUCCCUUAUAUUAUCUAUAAUUAUGCUGCUGUGGCAACAAAUGUCAAGUAUGUUCCUUACCUGUUGGGGUCCUUGGCGGGAAUGGUGCCAGAAACAUUUGUCGCCAUCUACACUGGGAUCCUGAUACGGACGUUGGCAGACGCUUCACAUGAGCGCCACGGUCUUUCAGCACCACAGAUAAUCUUCACUGUAGUUGGCUUCUCUUUGACUGUGGCUGCCACAAUUUUCUUCACGGCGUAUGCAAAAAGGCAGCUCAAGGAAUUACAAAAUGACGAUGAGCCACUGCUGCAAUGAGGUUCAAGUUCUAGUUUUGGUUGCAGGGCUAAUCUGCCAAACAAGCCAGGCUAAAAACACGGUGCGGGGAUGAAGUUAUUUUAUUAUACGGCUUCAUCCGUUGUUGUGAUUGUUUUCAAACUGAUGCAAAAUAUAAAUAAUUUGGAAGAUACGGAGGAGAAGCAGACCUGACAUGAAUUCAACAUGCUUGACACUUAUACAGGGCAGGCAUUUUUUCUUAAAACAAGUGUUGAUUUGCUCUUACGCUCUCGCCCUUAACUAUCUGUUGUAUGAUUGAAAUGUUGCUUCGAGGAUUGUAACUGAACUCUUGCAAGAUUCUUGACUGUAUAUAAAGAACUACUCAUUAGCACACUAAUUUA